UUCACUUUCCUGAGACACGUCACGGCUUGUGUCUGUUAGUGGUCUAGCUGAAAAAUAACGUGACGUUCAUAUAACUUCCUCUUGCUGCAGCGAGCUGCAUGAUGACCUGAACUGGAAAGCACCAAAUUCAUGCAGACUUCAGCUCAGUCCAACAGUGAUUUUCUGUCUACAAUAAAUGAAAUCAAAGUUUCACAGUCAUGAAUAUGUCAUGUCCGAACGUCAUGGUGAACUACUCCUGUUCAACCAGUAUGACUGACUGGGAAACAGCCAUGAACCAGCUCUACACCUUCUUUUACCUGAUCAUCUUCAUCCCAGGCCUGCUGAGCAACACUCUGGCUCUCUGGGUUCUGUGUCGAUUCAUAAGCAAAAAGACGAAAGCCAUCAUCUUCAUGAUUAACCUGACCGUAGCUGACCUGGCUCACGUGAUGUCGCUGCCCCUUCGAAUUCACUACUACAUCCGUCAAGAUUGGCCUUUUGGCAGCGGGUUGUGUCUGCUGUGUUUUUACCUGAAAUACCUUAACAUGUAUGCUAGCAUCGCUUUUCUGGUCUGCAUCAGCAUCCAGCGCUGCGCUUUUCUCCUGCGGCCGUUCCGCGCCAAGCACUGGAAGUCCCGCUAUGACGUCUGCAUCAGCGUUGUGGUGUGGGUGGUGGUGGGGCUCUGCUGCUCACCCUUCAUCUUAAUGAGGAGCAGACCGGAUUCAGCAAAGGAAAACAGAAACUGCUUCAAAGACCUGCCAAUGCGAAAGCUGGAUUUUCGCUUAGCCAUUUCCAUGAUGGCCGCUGCUGAACUCUUUGGAUUUAUUGGUCCAUUAUUCAUCAUUGGCUUCUGUACCUACUUAAUAGUGAACUCUUUGCGACAGAGGAAUCGCAGCGACCAAUCCACCGGUAACACGAGAAAGGCCUUGCGCAUGGUCAGGGUGUGCACAGGUGUCUUCCUCUUCUGUUUCGCCCCCUACCACAUCAACUUCCUGCUUUAUCUCAUGGUAACCCAGUGCAUUAUAACAAACUGUGAAGUGAGUCAGGCCAUCAGACAGUUUCACCCUAUUUCUCUCUGCAUAGCGAGCCUGAACUGCUGCCUCAACCCUCUCAUCUACUACUUCCUGACCACCGAGUUCAAGCAGCAGCUGUCCCAGCACGGCAGCUCCGUGCUCAGAGGCCGUCUGAUGAGUAUGGAGAGCACGUCUUCCUAUCGGGAAUGAGUCACGAGCAAUGCAUUAUCAUUUCAUUUUUGUUAAAACGUUUAGUGUAGGGCUGCAGCAAGCGACUGUUCAGUAUUUCUUUGUUUGUCAUUUUCAAUGAAUCAAAUGUUUCACAUCAUGCUUAAAUCUUGCUUGAAAAUAUAAUACAAACAUAAAGCUUACGAUAUAAAUGAACAUUUUAUGUCCAUCAAGUAUUGUUUUGAACAAAAUGAUUCCCUUUCAUGGCAUAGUUGCAAACACUGUAUGAAGUAUUUGUAGUUUAAUAGUGAAAAGCAUUAAAGACUAAAUUUGAAUGGAGCAGAAAUUAAACUUUCUAUGGACUGCGUGACAGAGACUUUAUUUUUUUAUAAUGCAGACAUCAAAUUCCAACCGGAUGAACUGAUAAUGUUUGAAUCUGCACAGACGAAAAGCACUGAUAGAAGUGAAUCUGACAAUGACUGAGCCAACUAAUCAUUUUAAACACCUGGUUAUUUGGGUUAUUUGACAAAGUUAAAAAAUAAUGGAAAUAAUACUGCAUAUUCAUGGAUCUAUGGACACCUGAUGAACAUAAGUAAUUGGAUACUGUUUUCACACUAUUCAUGUGUUGCUCUUUAUUGUUCAUUAUUGUCUUGUACUUAGAAUAGAUUAGAUUAAAUGUGUUAAUGCUUAAUAAAUGAGAGUGAACGUUUAAUGGUGUUUAACAUUCGUGUUCCACAAAAAAAAAGAAAAAAAAGAAAAUCAUGGUUUAGAAUGACAUUAGGAUGAAAAAUUAAUUACAGAAUUUGAAUUUUUAGGGGACUUCCGGUAUAGCGAUUGAGGGAGUGAGAUUUGUCUGGGAUUUUAAUAGUUAAAGGUGCACUAUACAGGAUUUUCAGUAACACAAUUUGUAAACACAACAUUCAGACUUGGCCCCUCCCCGUGGGCGGGGCACCACCGGAGGCCACACCCCUGUCCUGAUAUGACAUCAGUUGCACACACAGCCGAACUGACUCAAAAGAAUAAGUGUGGGUCUCAAGCAUGUUUUGUCUUUUUUUCCAAGGGCAGGUAGAUUUGGGUGUCAUCAGCAUAAAAGUGAAAUGACAUGCUUGUGUCGUAGGAUGGCCCUUUAAGAACGUGUACGUUGGGUUGGUCAGGCAAUCACAUUCAUAUAUACAGGCACAGGUGUGAUCUUCCUCCUCAUGGCAUCGUUGGUGUGACUUGUUUGUGUGCCACUUGCAUUUUCUCCACUCCUCUGAGUAUUCGGUGUAUCCAGGCCUUGUUAGUGGGCAUGUAAGUGUGUCUCGCACAGAAGAAGUGCCAGCUGCUGUUUUGCUGUGGCUCAUGUAGAGUCUGGAUUGCUGCUUGUUCUUUGUGGUUUUGAACGCCGUUAUUUUGCUGUUUGCCUGGAUGCAGCUCGCCUCGGUGAGCUAUAAAACAGUGGCCUUUUGUUCCGGCGCCACCUGGUGUGUGUGUGUGUGAGUUAAAUUGAAUGUACUUGUUUAGUUUUUCUUUAUUGGCUCAUUGUUUAUUGUAUUUUGUUUAAGUAGUUAGUGUAUUUGUUUGUUUGUUUGUUUAAUUGGUUUGGUUUGUUUAAUUGCAGUGCAAUUUGUGUUCACAGUUUUGAGCCUUAUCUAAUGUUUUGUGCAAAGACAUGAGUGUAAAAAAAAAAAAAAAAAAAAAAAAAUCUUUCAGUUAUCUUUUUUGUUUGUUGUAUGGGGAAAAAAAUCCUUGUUUUUUAUCAUUUUGAUUUAUUGUUGUUGUUGUUAUUAUUUUCAUUAUCAUUUUUAUCUUUAUUGUUGUUGUUGUUUGUAUUGCUUUUGGGGGUUGUAUAGUUUGUUUUUGUUUUGUUUGUUUUGUUUUUCGUUUGUUGGUGUCGUGUUGGCCGGUCCAUUUGGUCUGACUAAAACACAACCCAUUGACGGACUACCUUGUUAAAGUACAGUGUACAGUAACUGAAUGUUUGCAUCAUUGGAUCUCCUGUACAGUAUUGUGGCCACCUCAGCAAUUAAUGACAAUGAAUGUUUAGCAUUUGGGUUAAGCUAACUGGUAAAAUUUUAGAUUGCGAGGGUUUUUGUUUUUUUGAUGUUGAUGUGUUUUAAUCAUGGAGAAAUAAACUGAUGAUUUUGUGGCA